AUUCGGCAUUAUUGUUUAAAAGCAGGCCAUCCGCCUACUCUCUUAAAUAGAUUCGUUUUGGUGCAGGAACAGUAAGGAAAGAAGUGAAAUAGCUGCUCGAACGAUCGACUUCUUUGAAGUAUUGAAGUGUAUUUGAAGAUCGCCAUUAAAGGUUAGAAAUAAGUCUCAUAACCAACAUGAAGGCAAAGUUUCUUGAAAUUCUUUUAGCAGCAGCCAUAGCGCUGACUGCCACUAACUGGUCGUUGAAAGACGAGUCUUCGAGCAAUACUUAUCAUCGCCCGGAUGAUUUACUUGAAAGACAGACUUAUACUGGAAAUAGUUUCUCGAGCAUUUAUCCACAUCAGGAAUUGCCAUCGCUUACUCUGAAGGAAGAGCAAACUAUUAUUGACACCAUUAUCAACUUGGAGGAGACUCAACAACAAAGGGCGGCUGUUAGACCCAUCACCAACUUCUUUGCCUAUCCGCUCGUUUCUCAAAAUUCUGAUGGCCAAAGUUAUGAAUCAGACAGCGAUAAUUAUGCUCCUUCUGUUCCUGAAAACGUUGGGACGGUCCAAGAAGGAAUUGGGUCCCCACUGCCCGGUAGGGCUGGUUCGACACAUUCCUGGCCGACUUCUCCACCUUCACCAAUCGAUGACGGCGGUCUGUUUGGAGCCAUUGGUUAUGCACCUUGGAGCAAUAAUCAGUAUUUUGAUAUAGAAACUUUCUUGAAUGCUGAUUUAGCACCUGAAAUAGUCGACCAGGAUUUUGGCAAUCUUAGCCAAGAUGGAUUCUUCUUUGGCACUGUUGCAGAUUCGAGCAGUUCAUGGGCGGAUAAAGGUUCGGAAUCGGUGACUGUCCGACAAUCCGAAAGUUUAGAUGAACUGGCGAAGUUUCUCGAGGAUUCGAUUGAAAGCCCAGGUUCACCUGACCUAUCAAAGAAAGAUGUUGCAUCCUUUAGUAAUAUGAAAAAGCUCAUGCCUGGACACCAGACUUUAUCGUCUCAACCAUUGGAUAAGGCCCUAGGCAGCUAUCAUGAAAAACAAAUAAACAGACAGGGAAAUGACAUUGAAAAUACUGGAAUUGGCCAAAUUGACAACGUUUUAGGACAUAACUUCGAUGAGACAAGUCUGGGUAGCUCUCCGAGUUUAAAAGGAAAAGUAAACCCGAUAGCCAAUGUCAGGAGUUAUGACAGCAUAAGAAAUGGACCUAUGUUUGCGAAAGGUGCAAAAGUGAAAAAGGAAGUUGGUUCCCCACAAAGUAGUGACCAUUCAUGGGGCAAAUCUAGUGACAAUGACUACAGUGGAUAUGCAAGCAGUUCAAGUUCUAGUUUUGACAAUUAUGAUGGUACCAAAAGAAAAUCAAAAUCAAGCCAUGACAAGAAAAUAUGGCUUGAUCUUCCUUAUACCAAAGAUGAUUUUAUCCAAACAACAAUUGAAGAUUUUAAUGACAUAGUUUCCAAGCUUGAACCAUUGCAGCAGCAUAUCGCAAAGGAUAUAAGACGCAAGGGGAAAAACAAACUUGCUGCCAGAAAUUGUAGAAAGCGCAAGAUUGAUGCUAUUGAUACUCUCGGAAAUGGAUUGGGUGAUCUUGAAAAAGAAAAGCAAAUGUUAUUAGAUGAGAAACUUCAAUUGCAAUUGGAAAGAGAUGAAAUUGUCAGAAAGACUGAAUUUUUAUAUGAACAUAUCUUCAAAAACCUUAGAGAUGAAAGAGGGCAACCAUACUCUAAAGACAAUUAUGCAUUGACAUACACAGUUGAUGGAGCUGUUUACUUGGUGCCAAAGAAUUCUGAUAAAGAAGAAAUAAAAUCUCGCUGAAAUAAAGGCAGAUAAAUUUUCAAAAAGUUGACUUUGACCAACAGUUUAUCCUACCCCAGUACAUGCGCUGCAGUAUGAAUGCUUUUUGUUGAAAGCUCAAGGAAACAUCUCCUUCUGUUGUCAAGGAGUGAAAUAAAGUGGCAGGUCUAGGCUGUGCUAGCAACCAGUUGUAAAAAAGAUGUUUUGUUUUCUUGUCAACUUUAUGUAUAGAAUACAGAUAGCUUAUUUGCUUUGAAAGCAUGGACCACAUUAGCAAAUGAAUACACAAUUUCAAGUUGUAAAUAUCUAUAUAUACUGUUGUUUUAGUUUUCCUUUUCAACUAUUUGUAUGGAAUACAGAUUACCUAUUUUGCACUGAAAACAUUUUACCUUGAACUAAACUCAUCCUUAGAAUGCAUGUCCUUCUUGUAUACUUUACUUCAACAGAUUUGCAAAAUCCAUGUAGUUUUAAGCAGCUGGCCACUGGUGCCCAUCCAUAUCUAGCCAAUCCAUGUAUCAAAGUUUUCAUAUUUACAUCUCAGAUAGAUUUAUCUCUCUUGAAAAUUUUUAUGUAUCUAUCGCAAAGUCCAAUCAAAGUUGCCAACAGUUGCUCAGCCCUAUAGAAAUAAUUAGAAUUUAAUUUUGGUUUAUAUCCAGAAACCUUAUUUUGAAUUCCACUCCUCCUUAGCUAAGCACAAAGUUUUAUAAAAGAUCUUAAAUGGGUAAAAGUGAGAUUUGUAAAUAGUAUUUGGUAAAUUUAAGAAAAUCAACAUGAUGAUCUUACUGUAACUUGGUAAUCCUACUUUUUGCAAUGCAGUGAAAAAAAUUGUCUUUCAUCAUUGUGGCAUGCUGACAUUUUAAACUAAAGAUGGUUUAUCACUUUUAUUAUACUAAGAACUUGAGACCUUCAUUGUUGUAUCACAAUUUUAAAUUUUUAUUUGUCCGAGAACCCUGUAGUUGUUCACUUGCAUGCAUUUAAGUCUACCAACUCACAGAAUUAAACCCAUUAUUAUUUAAGAUAUGAAAUAUUUAAUAUCCUUUUUUGUUAGAAAAGAUACUGAAUCACAUUGUAUUCUGCCAACUUUGAAGUAAGCCUGCACCUUAAACUUACUCUUUCAAAUUGUCUGUAUGUAAGUCUGUAGUUUUGUACAUCAAGCCUUGAUCUUUGUGUAAUAUAUUGGUUAUUUUAGCAUGUAAAUAUUUUGAAGAAGUAAUAAGCACCAAUUUUCACAAAUAUCUUACGAAACAUGAACAAA